AAUGUUAUUAUUAAAAUUUCACUAUUUGUAUAUAUUAUGUAUUGUUUUUUUCCGCCAUGUUUGCUCUUUUCAGACAUGUUCGUUUGGCAUAUUUUGGCUUAAAAAUUUGGCGGAACUUCGCCAGAGAGAUAUAAGAGAAAUGGCGUAUGCGCAUGUAUCUUAAAACUAAUUUACGUUUAUUUUUUGACUAAAAUAUAAACUUCUUAUGAUGGAAGACAAUAAUUUUGUUGAAAAGAAGUUGAAUGAAAGUGGAAUAAAUGAUGACGAAAAACAUAGUCACGAUACUCCUAGAACUAGUAAUGAUUUGGCGAUUGCAAUCGGUUCAGAAAGCGUAGUUGCAAGUGAUGGUAAUUUGAAUGAUUUUAAUUUACAAAAUGAUAGUGAAGGUUUUCCGUCUAUAGAGAUUGUUAAUUGUGAGAGUAGACCUGAACUGCGUGCUGAUUUUGAGAGGGAAUUCGGAAGCUCAGGUGACGAGGAAGUUUCUCGCCACAUUCUAGAAAUUAGCGAAAGAGAUAGUAUUUUGUUCGCCACAGAUGACCUUGAAAUCCAUGAUAACGAAUCAUCUGAAACAAAUUUUAAGGAUAAAGUUACCACUUCUCUCAUGGAAGAUCCAGAUCCUCUACUUGUACCUGGUAAUUCUAAUGUUGAAUCUGAAGAUAUAGCUUGUGUUAAAGCUGUAGAAAAAGCUGUAAAUGAAUGGGUUCAAUGUUAUGAAGGUGUAUCCUCAAAUCUGGAUGAAAGUGCUAUGCACAAUGAGAGCUCAUGUGACUCCUUCCAACAAGAAAGAAAUAAGUGCAAAAGCAAUUCUUCUGAAAGCCAUGAUUUUGAAAAUAAUGCAAAUGAGGAAAGUUCAACCGACUCAUUUAAGUAUGGGAAAAGAAAACGCAGCAAAUAUCCAUCAGAGAGUCAUGAUUAUGAAAGUAAUGUAAAUGAUGAAAGCUCAUCUGAUUCCUUUAAAAGGGGUAAGAAAAAGCGAAAGAUCUCUGUUAGCCAGGAUUGUAGUUCCCCCAAUGUAAUUCCUAAACGCCAUAAAAUUGAAUGGAAAGUGGGAGAGUCGGUCAAGAUUAAUGAGAAAGAGGUUUGGUAUGAUGCAAAAAUUAUUGAUAUUAAUUGGAAAAAAUUGACUGUCAAAAUACACUACCUUAAUUGGAAUUCAAGAUAUGAUUUUUGGAUAUCCAUGGAUAGUGAAAGGAUAAGAUCAUCUGACGGUUUAAAAUCUACUUCCAAAAAGUAUAAACGAUUUUAUGUAGGACAAGAAAUUCUUGCUAACUGGAGUGACAAUGUAAUGUACGAGGCUGUUAUUAAAAAAUGUUUAGAUAACAAUGAGUAUUUAGUUACAUUUAAAGCUGAUAGUGUGCAUCGUAAAAAACAUGCUUCUGAAAUUAAAGAGCGCCCUAAAUCAGAUGUUGUUUAUAAAGAAGCAGAUCAAGUUGUUAAAGUUCCUUCUAAGCAAUUUGUGAUAGAAGAAGAUCAUAAUCAGUAUAAAUGUUCCUAUCCUGAUUGUACUAAAAGCUUUCGUAAGGAAAAAUUAUUGAUGUCUCAUAUUAAACAUUAUCAUGAUGGAAAAGAGCAGAAAAAUACUAAUAAGUUACCUACGCCGAAACUUGAACAAUCUCAUAGAAAACUGACUAGUCCUAAAUUAGAAAAAUCCUCCUCAAACAAAACAACUAAGUUUGAACAAAUUAGACCCCGUACAUCUAAUUCUGAAUCAUCUCAAAUAAGUCCGCUUAAACAAAAUUUGCCGAAAGGUGAGCCAUUAGUUCAAGAAUCCAAUGUAGCUUCUAGUAAUGUAGAUGUCAGGGAUGAAAACAAUGUAUCUGCAUUACUUACAUCUUCUGAAGCUUCGAAUAUUUCUUCUGAAGUUUCAGUUGAUGAUGAGGUUUCUGGAAAGCCUAGCGAAGAAGAAGUAGCUGCCAAAAAAGUGACAAAUAAAAAUGAAGCUGUUCUGAAAGAAAAAAGCUUAAAAAAAACAAACAUAUCUUCUAGCAAAUCAACUUCUAAAGUGAUGACUUCAUUACUUAAAGUAUCUCCAUCAAAACCGAAUGAUAAUCCCAAUGUACCUCUUCGACGAUCUUUCGGCAGAAAAGUAUCUCUUCCAGCUAAAUUUGCUGACUCAGAAAUAUAUUUGACUUCUCCAUUAAUGAAAAGGAAAAGUAUUGCAAUGUCAAGAGCUGAGGUUGCAGUAACAAAUAAAUCGAACUUAUCAAAUCUGAAACAAGGUAAAAAAGAACAAGAAAUUAUUGAGACUAAAAAUGCUUCGUCAAAAGCGAGUAAACUUACUCACAAUAAAUCGAAAAAUUUGAUAAAAGAGCCAACUUAUUCAAAAACAGAAGUAAAUGAAGAAGUUAGUACUUCGAAGCAAACCAUAUUACCGAAUAAGUCAUCUGAGAUGAGUCAACAGGCUGUUCCAAGUAAGAAAAUUGGCAAUACUUCAAGUAUUUUGUCCAAGUCAUAUUCUCAAACAUUAUUUUCUACUGAUAAAUCUAAAACUACUGUUAAAUCUACUAAAAAGGAAAUAUCUUCUAAUAAUGAGAAGAAAGAUACUCAAGUCUUAAGUGUUACUGAAAAAUCUGAUGUCAAUCAAAUUGUUAAAAAUGAAGAAACUCCCGUUUCUGCAAUUUUACCACAGGACUCUACUAGUGAAAAUGACUUGACUCAUCCAAAAGAAAGUUUGACCACUAAUAAUACAGAUACUCUAAAGGAAUCUGAGGGUGUUAAAAAUACUAUUAGUGAAGGCCAAGAUUUGGAAUCAAAUCUGGUACCAAACGAAAUGGAAAUCAAAGAGGAUAUCUCCUCAACUGAUAAUAAAAGUCCAGAGUUACUUCCUAGUGAAAAUAAAGAAACAGAAAGUAAAGAUAUUUUGAAUGAGACAAAUAAAACUGUCAAUUUUUUUAAUAUUAAAGAAAAGAAAGACAUUAGUGCUAAAGUAAAUCCUACAGCUCAAUCUCUCACCCCUACUCAUGUCAUGUGCACUCGUUUCAAAGACUCUUCGUGUGAAAAGGGUAAAGGUGGAAUAGCUGAGAGCAUCUUGGGACUUCGCUCCAAAAGAAAGAUUAGAAAACCAUCCUGGGCUGUGAAACCGAAAAGGAGAAGAACUCGCUCAAAAAAUGAAUCAUUUUCAAUGGAUACUGAUUCAGUCGGUAGUACUCAGCAACCUGUUGUGGCUGAAACUGAAAGUCAAGAACAUUCUGAACAUGAAGAAACAGAUGAUCUAGUUGCUUGCAUUUGUAACAGUACUGCUGAUGAAGGCAAAAUGGUUCAGUGUGAUUAUUGUAAAACUUGGCAACAUUGCAUUUGUCUUAAUAUGAAAACUGUCGAUGAAGAGAAAGAGCACAUGUGCUGGAAUUGUCGAUAUUCCAAAUCUAUUAAGGACAUUACAGAUAAACACUAUUUAGAGUGGGUUGCUAAGAAACAAUUUCCAUCAUUCAAAUGUUCAGAGGAGUGUAAAGAUACUGGUAGUAGUAAAAGUUUAGAAUCUCUUCGCCGAGCUUUUGAACUUUGCAAUCGUACACGAAAUGUAAAACAACUUCUUGUUAAGUGUAAACGAGUUGUUGAUACGUUUAACAGAUUCUCUGCAAAAGUGACUGGUAAUAACGAAUCAUCAUCCUCUGAUGUUUCUGAUUCUUCUGAUGAAGAAAUAGAUGAAUCUAUGAAUGAACAAAAGAAAAGAAUCCCAUUUAAUUUGCAUAGUGUUUUCUUUUUAGAUAUUUUAGUUGAUCAAUCUUUUACUUCUACUUAUGGGGUUAGCCUGCUGACUGCACCAGAGUUAAAAAUUUUGACUGCUCUUAAUAAAUCUGUACGUCUUUACUUGGAAAACACUAAAACGGAGACUGCUAAUGUUAAAUUCCGAAGGGACCAAGAAUUUUUACACAGGCAUAAGGAUCUCCAUAGUAUUCUUCUUAAAAUCCAGAGACAUUGUAAAAUAUUACCUUAUAACCAAUCAGAUAUUACUGCUGAAGAAGUAUUUCUACCAACUACUAAGGUUAGACUUGAAAAGAGUGAUUUUUUUGCUCAGCUGUUUAAAGAUUAUAGAGCAAAAAAAGACCCAAUUUACAUGCAAAGUUAUGGCAAAGAUAAGGAUUUAUGUAUUUCCCCAUAUAGUACUGCCAACUGUAAUACUGAUGACAAUCAUAAGCUAUCUGGAUUUCUGCUGCUUCACAGAACAGAGAAGAGUCUGAGUAGAGAUAUGUGCAUGUGCAUUGGUCUUUGUUUUGAGAGUGUCUCGUUUACUCUUGGAGAUUGUGUUGCGGAAUUUGCCACAAUAGGUAAAGAAAUAGAAUAUACUGUUUCUGAGAUGAAGUCUGAGGUAGAUAGAGAACAUGGUGAAUUUUGUAGCACAGAAAUGAAGGACAAUCUCUUGGAUAUAUUUGAAUAUAUAAGUGCGGAAGUGAAUAGUGUGUUCUCUGGUCUCAGUAUGGCAAAUCACCUCAGUAAUAUACCCAUUGAUUUAGGUAAACCUGUUGGUUUGACAGAAAAUGAAAAGGCUUUGUCUCAAUCAACAAUAAGAGAAAUGCGCGGUAUAAUGAAAGAUUUACAGCUUUUGUUAAGAAUUAAUGAAUUUAAUGUUGCUAAAUAAUAAUGUAUGAAGCUUUUAAUGUCCUGUCUGCGUAUGCUUAAUUUUAAGAUUUGCUCGGUUUAUUUUUUCAAAUUCUGUUUUUUUUUUUUUUUCCCUCUUUCCCAAUUUAAUUACAAGGGUCUUUUUAGAAUUAUGAUCAAAAAUAGAAUCUUUUUGUUUUUAUUUAAACAAAUUAAUCUUUUCAGUUUAUUAUUUCAUUAAAAAUGCUUUUAAUAAACAGUUGUCAUUUUUUUAUGUUUAAAUUUUUAAAGCAUAAUUGUUUUUUUUUUCCUUUCUAGGAUAUAGUUUAUUUUGAAAGGAAAAAACUCAGCCAUUAAAUAUAUUACCAUUGGUGUCUUUUUUUUUUAGUAAUUUCACACAAUAAUGUAUGAAACUUAAUGUCUUGUCUACACAUGCUUAAUUUUAAAAUUUGCUCAGUUUAUUUUUUCAAAUUCUGUUGUUUUUUUUUCCUCUUCCCCAAUUUAAUUACAAUGGUCUUUU